AUGUCCAACGUACGAGCAUCAUCACCAUAUGGGACCCGUUCCCGGAACCGGGGCGCACGGGUGAACUACGCUGAAGACAAGGACAACGAAAUGGACUUUGAACUCUCAGCCAACUACAAUCCCACUCCCCCAACCAGCAAAGCCGCCGGGGAUGCGACUGCGAGCGGACCUUCAAGAAGACAGCCGGCGGCAGCUGCGGUACCAGCUACCGGCAAGGACUCGAAAGACGGGAAGGAUGCCGCGCAGACUGCCCCGCCGGCCACGACGACGACGACCAACUCUGCCGCUGGCAAGAAGAGGAAAGGUGGCGCUGCUGCAGCAGCAGCCGCCGCCCAGUUGGCCAUCUCCUCCAUGACGAAAGACGCCUCUUUAACGAAUAUGCUGAGCUUUGACCGCCCGCACCUCAAGGACGGGAGGUUGAUAUCUGACGAUGGGACUGUUUUCGAAGUUCAUGAUCACAUUUACCUCGUCUGCGAACCUCCCGGAGAGCCGUAUUACCUCGCCCGAAUCAUGGAAUUCUUGCACGCGAAUAACAACGCCUCCCAGCCGAUCGAUGCGAUCCGGGUCAACUGGUACUACCGUCCCAAGGACAUCAACAGAAAGGAUCCCGAUACACGCGUUCUGUUUGCCUCAAUGCACUCGGAUACCUGCCCUCUCUCGUCGAUCCGCGGCAAGUGCUACAUCAAGCACCGGUCGGAGAUACAGAACCUCGACGAGUUCCGCAAGUGUCGCGACAGCUUUUACUUUGAGCGCAUGUUCGACCGGUACAUCCAGCGCUAUUACGACGUGAUCCCCAGUACUUUUGUGCGCAAUGUGCCCGAGGCGAUACGCAAAGCAUUGGUCGAGCGAUGGAAAUAUCUUCUUGUGGAGCCUCAGCGCGGCAAGGAGCUGUGCAGCCAGAUGAAAGAAUGCAAGCGAUGCACCGGAUAUUGUGCGAGCGCCGAUUCGGUGCACUGCGCUGUGUGUGGCUCGACGUACCACAUGAACUGCGUGCGGCCGCCGUUGCUGAAGAAACCGAGUAGAGGAUUUGCGUGGGCUUGUGGACCCUGCAACCGAGCUCAGGAGCGAAAAUUGGAAGCGCGCAACACUCCGACGCUAACCACUCCGGGGGGCGACGUGGAAGAGGACGUCCUCGAUGACGAAGAAGACGAGCUGUCGCCGGGCACUGGAGUGGGAACCGAGACGCCUUCCGAGAGGGCGGCCACGGACGCAAAAACACAGGACCCGACACCGGAGCAACUGUCGUUUGCGCGGAUGUGGCAAAUGAGAUAUCUGGGACAGCAUUGCCAUGUGGAGGAUGCUCUGGAUUACGACGAUCGCAUCUACCCCCGCGCGGCAUCGCGACUAGGGUCCCGGCAUCAGGCUACGGUUCUGCCGUGGCCGGGGCGCCCGGUCGAGUACAUCAAGCCACCGGAAAAGAAAAAGACGAAGGGCGGCAGCAAGAGUAAACAGCAGGCCGAAGCCGAAGCGGCUGCACGAGAAAGGCGGCCGAAAUGGAUCAUGGAGGAGCCUCCCGGGUACAUUGAGCGCGGAAAAGACGACGGCACGACAUCGAUGUUACUGUUCAAAAUCCCUGUCGAUGGCCAUGACGACGACGCGGAGCGCCAACGCGGAGAUCUCAUCGCGACCAUCGACGCCUACCUCACGUCGACUAAGAGAAUCGCGGAUAAAAUGGGCAUGAAGCCGUACGCGACGAAUUUCGUGGACAAGGCAAUCGAGAUACUUUAUGCGAAUUCGUUCAACGAGAAGAAAUCGCUCGAGCUGCUCGCGAAAGUGCAGGCGGUCAGGGAUCUCAAGGAACCGCGCCUCAAGCCGGAUGAGGUCAAGCGCUUUGAGGAGGGUGUGGCUAAACACGGAAGCGAGCUGCAUGCAGUGACCAAACAUGUCAAGACGCGCAAAGAGGCCGAGAUCGUCCGAUACUACUACCAGUGGAAAAAGACGCCGAAAGGUCGCGAGAUAUGGGGCAACUACGAGGGCCGCAAGGGAAAGAAGGAAGCCAAGCUUAAGGACAAGGGCGUUGUCGUGUCCAAGCUGGUCGACGAUGUUGCCGACGACGAGGACGACUCCGCUUUCGACGUCGAGAAGGCGGGCGAGAAGAAGCGCGGGUUCGAGUGCAAAUUCUGCAGCACCAGGCACAGUCGGCAGUGGCGGCGCGCGCCCGGUGUCGCGCCGGGCACAGUCAUCACAGUCGAGAAGGGCAGCGGCUCGAAACGGAAGAAUGCUGAGCCCAGUCAGUACGUCAGUGCGCUCUGUCGGAGAUGCGCCGAACUCUGGAGACGAUAUGGCAUCAGGUGGGAGGAUCCCGACGAGGUUCAGAAGAAGAUGAGCCAGGGUGGUGGACGGGCAUGGAAGAAGAGGAUAGACGAGGAGCUGUUGAAGGAGCUCACUGCCGCACAGCACGAUGCACAGGCAGAGGCUGUCGCUCUCGCUGCGUCCACGACGGCAUCUGCUACCCCGCAACCUCCUUCCAGUGGUACUGUGACCCCCGAGGGGCCUCCCAAGAAGAAAGUCAAGACCGAAACCAACGGUCAGCCGACGAAGAAAGAGAAGGCUAAAGCUCGGGCCAAGGAGAAGGAGAGAGAAAGGGAGGAGCUUCUCGAAAAGGGCAAGGAGAAGGAGAGGGAAGAAGUGCUCAAGGAGAGAGAGAAGAUGCUGGAAAAGCUCAAGGAACCACCACCUCCGCCGCCGGAACCACCCAAACCCAAGAUCGCCGAAUGCGGGGUCUGUAAAGACAUCGAGGAGAUCGGAAGGCAGCAUGCCAUCUGCCGGGAUUGUAAGAUGAUAGUCCACAAACGGUGCUAUGGUGUCGGAGAGAUGAGGAGCGCCAACAAGUGGGUCUGUGAAAUGUGCACGAACGACAAGAACCCGACCGUGUCGACGAAUUACGAAUGUGUUCUCUGCCCUGAACAUCAAGAUCCCGACGCGGAACCGGAAAAGAAUAACCCCUACCACAAGAGCUCCUACAAGAAGAAGGCUGCCCAGGAAAAGGUGACCAAGGAGUCUCCGGAACUCGAUGGUCGCAAAGUCAAAGAGGCGGACAAGCACAAGCCUCAGGCUCCACGUGAACCGUUGAAGAAGACUUCCGGAAACUACUGGGCUCACGUGAUAUGCGCCGUAUGGACCCCGGAGGUCAAGUUUUCUGAUCCGAAGACCAUGCGUGUCGUCGAAGGCAUCGGUACGAUUCCGACACCGCGAUACCAGCAGGAGUGCAAGGUGUGCAAGGUGAAUUCCGGUGCGACCAUCCAGUGUACCGCAUGCCAUGCGAACGUGCAUAUCAACUGCGCAAAUACAUCUGGAUGGAGAAUAGGGUUCGACAUCCAACCGGUGAAGGGCUCCAAGAAAGAUUCCCCCAAUGUCGUCAAACUCGGCGGCGAGACGGGCCUGAUGACCGCCUGCCUCUGGUGUCCCGAGCACGAGAUCAAAACGAGGAUUCAUCGCAUCAAUGAGAUCGCCGAGGGGACUGAUUUGACUGUGCUGGAGCUCUUCUUGCAGACUUACAAGCAGGCAGACCUAUCCCUGACCGGAACCGUUCGCAAGGCCAACCUGGUGUCGAUAACGUCAAAGACAACCCCAUCGAAUCGCCGAAACAGUUUGGUCGCUUCCGGGAAGGAAGGCGCCGAUUCGACGAGCCCGGUUAUCAUCAAAGAUGGCGAAGAGGAGAAGAUCGACAAGCCAAAGAAGUGCAUACAAUGCCAGGUGGAUGUCAGCCCGCUGUGGUGGAAGGUUCCAUUGCCGGCGACAAAUGGUGCUUCCCCGGAACCGCUAACGAACGGCAACGUCAACGGCAACGUCAAAGACAACGACAACGUCAGCCCCGCCCCAACGAAACCACAGGCAAAGGGAUUGAUGUGCAAUCGCUGUCACACGAAGGACAAAGAGGCUCCACCAUUGGCAUUUCUCAAGCCGAACGGUGCAGCAAGGGCUCCCGAAUCCAAGUUCACGCCUCUGCCGCCAUUGCAUGUGUUCCUGGCUCAACAGCACCAAGUCGCGGCGCACCGACAACAGCAGCUGGCCCAACAACAGGCGCCGCCGCCUGUACCCGUUCAAGCGCCACCACCACCAGCUCCUCCUCCGCCUCCGCCUCCGCCGGUUAUGAGAUUGCCCGACCCACAGCCGCGGCCACCACCUCACGCAUACAUGGCACCGAUCCCGCAGCCACCCAUGCCUCCGCACGGAAUGGUGCACGAGCCUCACUUACACCAGCCUCACUCACACCAGCCACCACCUCCUAUGCCGGUGCACCACAUGUCACGGGUUCCCCCGCUCGUUCAUGGACCCCACUCACACCACCCUCAUAACCCUCCUCAUCAUUCUCACAGUCCCCAGUCCAACCACAAUACCCUCAACAGCCCCCAUAACCACAAUGGCCACCCCAGCCAUCCCGGCCACUCCAACCAAAAUGGUCAUCCUAUGCAUAACGGCUACCCAAGUCACAAUGGCCACCUGAACCAAAAUGGACACACGAACCAUCACAGCCAGCCAAACCACAUACACCAUAGCUCGCCGCAGGGUCAUAACGCCAUGCCAAAUCGACAAUCGCACAUGGUGUCGCAAGCGCCUCUGCAUCUGAACCCCCCUCAUGGGCAUAUUCCACCGCGUCACCCUUCACAUCCUCAUUCAUCGCCGCCACCGGUGAUGUCGAUGCACCAACAGAUGGGGAUACACAGGGUGAACUCGACGGGACAUGUGCCGACCAUGAUGCAGCCGCAUGGGCCGUCACUGCCGCAGAUUGUCCAUCAACAUCAUCUACCACCGCCGCAGCCGCCGCCACAGGAGGAGCCGCGAAGAGUGCUGAGUGGAGCAUCUGGGAGUCCGGCGCUAGCAAACCUUCUGAGCUAA